GGGGCCCGCGGGAGGAGCCGGCGCGCGGGCAUCCGGCCUGUGCGCGCGGGGGGACAUGAGCGCGGCCGACAUGGCCCGGGUGGGGCCCGCGGCGGCCGGCGACGAGGACGAGGGCGACGCGGGCGGCCGGGAGCCCGCGGCGGGCGCGGCGGCGGGGCCCAGCGCCGCCUUCCGCCUGCUGGUGACGCGGCGCGAGCCGUCGCUGAAGCUGCAGCACGCCGUGAGCGGCCUGGAGCCGCUGGCCUGGUCCGAGGACCACCGCGUGUCGGUGUCCACGGCGCGCAGCAUCGCCGUGCUGGAGCUCAUCUGCGACGUGCACAACCCGGGCCAGGACCUGGUCAUCCACCGCACCUCGGUGCCCGCCCCGCUCAGCAGCUGCCUGCUCAAGGUCGGCUCGAAAACAGAAGUUGCCGAGUGUAAGGAGAAAUUCGCCACCUCGAAAGACCCCUCGGUCAGCCAGACGUUCAUGCUGGACAGGGUGUUCAACCCCGAGGGCAAGGCGCUGCCGCCCAUGCGGGGGUUCAAGUAUACCAGCUGGUCCCCCAUGGGCUGUGACGCCAACGGCAGGUGCCUGCUGGCCGCGCUGACCAUGGACAACCGCCUGACCAUUCAGGCCAACCUCAACCGGCUGCAGUGGGUGCAGCUGGUGGACCUGACGGAGAUCUACGGGGAGCGUCUGUACGAGACCAGCUUCCGGCUCUCCACCAACGAGGUGCCCGAGGGCAGCCUGGGCGACUUCGCCGAGUUCCAGCGGCGGCACAGCAUGCAGACGCCCGUGCGCAUGGAGUGGUCGGGCAUCUGCACCACGCAGCAGGUGAAGCACAACAACGAGUGCCGGGACGUGGGCAGCGUGCUCCUGGCCGUGCUCUUCGAGAACGGCAACAUCGCCGUGUGGCAGUUCCAGCUGCCCUUCGUGGGCAAGGAGUCCAUCUCCUCCUGCAACACCAUCGAGUCGGGCAUCAGCUCGCCCAGCGUGCUGUUCUGGUGGGAGUACGAGCACAGCAACCGCAAGAUGAGCGGCCUGAUCGUGGGCAGCGCCUUCGGGCCCGUCAAGAUCCUGCCCGUGAACCUCAAGGCCGUGAAGGGCUACUUCACGCUGCGGCAGCCCGUGGUGCUGUGGAAAGAGACGGACCAGCUGCCGGUGCACAGCAUCAAGUGCGUGCCGCUCUACCACCCCUACCAGAAGUGCAGCUGCAGCCUGGUGGUGGCCGCCCGCGGCUCCUACGUCUUCUGGUGCCUGCUGCUCAUCUCCAAGGCGGGCCUCAACGUGCACAACUCCCACGUCACGGGCCUGCACUCGCUGCCCAUCGUCUCCAUGGCCGCCGACAAGCAGAACGGCACGGUCUACACGUGCUCGAGCGACGGCAAGGUCCGGCAGCUCAUCCCCAUCUUCACGGACGUGGCGCUCAAGUUCGAGCACCAGCUCAUCAAGCUGUCGGACGUGUUCGGCUCGGUGCGGACGCACGGCAUCGCCGUGAGCCCCUGCGGGGCCUACCUGGCCGUCAUCACGACCGAGGGGAUGGUCAACGGCCUCCACCCCGUCAACAAGAACUACCAGGUCCAGUUCGUGACCCUGAAGACCUUCGAGGAGGCCGCGGCCCAGCUCCUGGAGUCCUCGGUGCAGAACCUCUUCCGGCAGGUGGACCUCAUCGACCUGGUGCGCUGGAAGAUCCUCCGGGACAAGCACAUCCCGCAGUUCCUGCAGGAGGCGCUGGACAAGAAGAUCGAGAGCAGCGGCACCACCUACUUCUGGCGCUUCAAGCUCUUCCUGCUGCGCAUCUGGUACCAGUCCAUGCAGAAGAACCCGUCCGAGGUCCUGUGGAAGCCCCCGCACGAGGACGCCAAGGUCCUGCUCACGGACUCGCCCCGGCCUGGGCCCUCGGAGGAGGAGCCGCACGAGGAAGGCGCCGCCGCCUCCGCUGCCUCCUCCUCCCGGGCGGGCGGCAGGCCGGGCCCGCAGGACAGGAGCCGGGAGAGCGAGCCCGACGAGCCCGCCGACGAGCCCGGCGGGCGGGAGCCCGUGGAGGAGAAGCUGCUGGAGAUCCAGGGCAAGAUCGAGGCCGUGGAGAUGCACCUGACGCGGGAGCACAUGAAGCGCGUGCUGGGCGAGGUGUACCUGCACACGUGGAUCACGGAGAACACCAGCAUCCCCACGCGGGGGCUCUGCAACUUCCUCAUGUCCGACGAGGACUACGAGGACAGGACAGCACGGGUGCUGAUCGGCCACAUCUCAAAGAAGAUGAACAAGCAGACAUUCCCCGAGCACUGCAGCCUGUGCAAGGAGGUCCUGCCCUUCACCGACCGCAAGCAGGCCGUCUGCUCCAACGGCCACAUCUGGCUCCGGUGCUUCUUGACCUACCAGUCCUGCCAGAGCCUGAUCUACAGGAGGUGUCUGCUGCACGACAGCAUCGCCCGCCACCCGUCUCCGGAAGACCCCGACUGGAUCAAGAGGCUGCUGCAGAGCCCCUGUCCCUUCUGCGACUCACCCGUCUUCUGAGCGGAGCCUGAACGCAGCCCGGCCCCCGCGGUGGCAGAGGCCUGGGACUGAGGGCGAAAGGCCCCCGCGACCCCAGGAUUCUCGCCAGUGACUGCGUGCAGCGGUGGAGGUCACGGGAGAGGUGCUGGUGCCCGAGCCGUCCCGGUGGGAGACACUCAGCAGCCGGAGCAGACGGUGCCGCGACGUGACGUCACCGGGAGCAGAGGCCGCCGGGCAGGGCUGGGCCGGCUCUGAGGGCCGGAGUUUAGCCCGCCUGGUACCCGGUGCCCCGGCCUCCGCGUGACGGUGUCGUGGGCCUGCCGCCGGGCCGGAUCCCGCCCGUUGCUGUUUUCCAUGUACAUUGAAAACAUUUUCCUAAAACUCUAUUUUUAAGAGGUUGAAGUGAGACUAAAGUUGGUUUUAACGUGUUUAAAGAUCAGGUGACUCAAUAAAUUAAUAACGAACUGA